GUGGGCAGCGUUUCUUCCUCUCCGGGCAGCGAAGUGGUGUCCACGUCCACUGGACGGAGGGCGGGGUGGGGAAACAGGCGUUGACCCCGCGUCACGAGUACGGGGUCGGUCCGCUUCCCCGCUCCGAGCCCCACAGCGAGGGGUACGAUCCAUCUCCGGCUCCAUGCCCGGCGUGCAAGGGGCGGAACCGGCUCGGGAUUGGCUGCGGCCGUCCGACCCCUUUCGCCGCCCGCCAGUACCUGUCGCCCGCAAGCGCCUGCGCAAUAGGCCGGCCGUGGGGGGCGGGAAGCGCUUCGCGGCAGCGGAGCCCAUGUCGGCCCUGAGGCGCUCGGGCUACGGCCCCAGUGACGGCCCUUCGUACGGCCGCUACUACGGGCCCGGGGGCGGCGAUGUCCCGGUGCACGUACCUCCGCCCUUAUACCCUCCUCUUCGGCCCGAGCCUCCCCAGCCUCCAGUUUCCUGGCGAGGGCGCGGGGGCGCCCCGGCCGAGACCACCUGGCCCGGAGAAGGCGCAGGUGGCGAUGCCUACUACCCCUCCGGAGCCGCCUGGGCAGAGCCGAGUAGAGCCGGGGGCGGACACCAGGUGAGCUUCGCAGUCUUUCCCGGGGACCCAGACGGGAAGUCCUGGGCGGAGGAACAGUCACCAUACCCUGGCUAUAAUUCCAACUAUUGGAAUUCUGUGCGACCGAGGGCCCCAUACCCAAACGCAUAUCCUGUGAGACCAGAGUUACAAGGCCAGAGUUUGAAUUCUUAUACAAAUGGAGCAUAUGGUACACCAUACCCUCCUGGCCCUGGACCAAAUACUGCCUCAUACUCUGGGGCUUAUUAUGUACCUGGCUAUACCCAAAGCAAUUACUCCACGGAAGUUCCAAGCACUUACCGUUCACCUGGUAACAGCCCAACUCCAGUCUCCCGUUGGAUAUAUUCCCAGCAGGACUGUCAAACAGAAGCGCCUCCUCUCAGGGGUCAGGUUCCAGGAUAUCCUGCUUCACAGAACCCUGCAAUGACCUUGCCCCAUUAUCCUUAUGGAGAUGGUAACCGUACUGUGCCACAGUCAGGAGCAACUGUACGACCACAAGAUGAUGCAUGGGCUUCUAGUGCUUAUGGGAUGGGGACCCGUUACCCCUGGCCUUCAGCUGCACCCUCAGCCCCACCUGGGAAUCUCUACAUGACAGAAAGUGCUUCACCCUGGCCUGGCAACAGUUCUCCUCAGCAACCUCCUUCACCACCACCCCAACAGCCUAAGGAUCCCUCGUACUCCUAUAACCAGUCGGGGCAAGGCAUGAACCGGCACAGCUUUCCGUGCAGUGUCCAUCAGUAUGAAUCUUCGGGAGCAAUGAACAAUGAUAAUUCAGACCUUUUGGAUUCUCAAGUCCAGUACAGUGCUGAGCCUCAGUUGUAUGGUAAUGCCGCCAGUGACCAUGCCAGCAAUCCCGUUCAGAGUAAUCUCCCUGAAGAGUGUUUUUCUUCAGAUGAAGGUACACCUCCAAGUAUUAAAAAAAUCAUCCAUGUGCUGGAAAAGGUUCAUUAUCUUGAGCAAGAAGUAGAAGAGUUUGUAGGAAAAAAGACAGACAAAGCAUACUGGCUUCUGGAAGAAAUGCUGACAAAGGAACUUUUAGAACUAGAUUCUGUUGAAACUGGAGGGCAGGACUCUGUCCGUCAGGCCAGAAAAGAGGCUGUCUGUAAGAUCCAGGCCAUACUGGAGAAAUUAGAGAAAAAGGGAUUAUGAAACAAUUUGGAAUGAAGGGUGAGCCUGUUACUAAUUUGGCCAAAGAACUCUUGAAUUCGGUUGGUUACCAUCUUUUGAAAUGCCUGUUGUGACAAGAAGCAACACAUUCCAACUUCUAACCUAAAAUUUGAAAGGAAAAGGAGCUGAAAAGCUGGCAGAGAAAUGGACGAACAUGUUACAGGGCUCUUUGCAAUUUUCAGAAGACUGAACAUAACAAGGAGACUGGAAUUAUCAGUAUUUCCAAGUAGACCCACUCCUGAAGAAAUCCAUGGGCAUCUCUAGGCUGCUUCUUAUCAGCAGGAGGGAAAUAGACUUUACGUAACAGGUUAUCACAACAUAAUCUGAGACAAGCAGUCUGUUUUGUAAGCAUCUAGACUGUCACAUUUUUGUGCAUUGUGACUGCAUAUACUUCAUGUGUAAAUUAUAGCUUAGGCUCUUGGCCUCUGUUUUGUUUGUUAUCUGCAGUUCACAAAUGUAAUAUAAUUCUACUUCUUGGUACAUUUUGUAGUAAUAUGUUUAAUACUGGCAGCCAGAUAGAUGGGCAGUUCUGAACAAAUUCAUAUCCUUUCACCACUUGAAUAUAUUUAGUGGUAGUGGGCUCCCUAAGUCAGUCAUUUAUCUCCUUUUGUGCAGCAUGUUAUGUUAGAGAUCUUCCCACUUCUGCUUUUCAUAGUAGUCGGGAAGGUGAAUUUGGAAAUUACAUUAACAUAAGAAUGACAAUGUUUGUGGACAUUUUACUUCUUUGCUUUUUUGUUGUAUUUGGAUAAAGAGUCUCUUUUGAAAUUGCUUUUUUUUUUGGAAAAAUAUCUUUGGCUAUUGCUGCUUCUAUAGAGAGCCUUAUGAUAGAAACAUAAAACCUAAAUGCCACAGUUAGUAUAAAGAGUGACUGCAAAAGGCAACAAAUAUGAUUAUUUAAUAAUAUUGUUCUCCAUUUAAUAGUUUCUGUGGGACAGAUUUGAGCUCAGUUUAUAGUUGAUAGAAGGAAAAGGAGAUUCAUGCUCAGGGAAUGAGUCAGCCAUAGCUAAAGUAGGAAAUUCAUUGUCUUAAUUUAAAUUUGGUCUUUAUUUCUUAGAAUAAAUUACAUAGAAUUGCCUGUUUCAUAAGACAGAUGUUAUUUAUUAUUAAUAACUGUUGAUUUGUUAAGCCAAGUUUAAGAAAGGGGCCUUUCUUGGUUAUCAAUAUCUGUUAUUAUACAGAGACAGGUAAAUAAUUUAUGUUUUAAAUCUAAAGUGAGGUCUAGCAUACGGUAUCUGCUUUUGCAACAAAAGCGGUUUCUUAGUAAAAUAUCAAAGUGAUACUUGUUUUCUAGACUAGCAGACCUUUAUGUUAGUGAUACUAAACCUAUAGCCAUCCCUUCUACUUACAUAGAACCAAACCAAUGCCAACAUAUAGUAAGUAGAAAUGUCGCAAAAAUAUUGUGUGGAGAUGGGGGAUGUGGCUGAGUUAGUAGAGUGUUUGCCCAGCAUGCAUGAAGUCUUGGGUUAAAUCCCCAGUAUUGCAUAAACCAGGCCUAGUGGUUCAUACCUGUCUCAGCAUUUGGGAGGCGGAGGCAGGAAGAUUGCAAGGUCACCCUCGGCUACAUAAUGAAUUCAAGGCCACCCUGAGCCACAUGAGAUCCUGUCUCAAAAAAACUAAGAGAUUAAGUGAUUCAAGAUGUGAUGAUUUUAUCCAGGAGUCUGUGGUUUUUAAAAGAUUUUAUUUAGCUGGGUUUGGUGGCAUACACUUUUAAUCCAGGCCGAGGCAGGUAGAUCUCUUGAGUUCAAGGUCAACCUGGUCUACAUAGUGACACACACAUGCUUGAUCUCGAUCGAUCGAUCUACCUACCUACAGGAUGUGUGUGUGCACACGUGUGUGUUUUAUAUCUACAAGUUUAAUUUUUUUAAACAGAAUUUCAUGCCGGGUCGGCCUUAAACUUUGUAGCCUAGGACAACCUGAAAGAUCUGAUCCUUCUGCCUCACCUUUCUGUUACAAGUUUGUGCCUGGUUUAUGUGGUGCCGAGACUCAGGGCUGUGUGUGUGCAGGGCAAGCACUUACUGAACUACAGCUGUAGCCCUGAUUCUCUUACUUUUGGCCUAACAUAGAAAUGUUGUUAAAGGUUUUCAAGCUGGACAUGGUGGCAUGCAGCUGUAACCUCAGUAUUCAGAGGCAGGUGGAUGGGUCUCUGAUUCUGAGACCAUCUUGGUCUACAUAGUAAGUAUCAGGCUAGCCAGAAAUGAGACCUAACCACCCUCAAAGAAAAGUUUUCUAUCAAAGCAUGACAAUUACAAUUAAAAGUUUAAGAGGAGAAACCUUAAAACUGGGUUGCCAGCGAGAUACUAACAGAUACAGAACACAUUUUUGCUUAACUUACGCUGCCCAAGAUGCCGAUUUCUGCAUUCUUCAUUUUUACAUAUUGUACACGUUAUGCACAAAUGUACAUAGAUGUGUAUAUAUCUUAAGUUAUUUUUGAACUGUUAACAUGAUUUUAAACUUACAGAAGAGUUGUAAAAAUAGUAGCGUUCCUGUGUACCCUCCAUCUUCCUUCCGCUCGUUUUGACUUCUUUCCUAACUAAAACACUUGUCACAAUUAAGAGUUGAUCUUUUAUAAUGCUAUUAAUAUUAGCUAAAGUAGCAAGCUAAUGAUAGAUAUUUUAAUAAUCUUUUUAUUAGCAUCCUCUUAACCGUACCAGAUUCCAUUUUGCAUUUAGUUGUUCUGUCUGAGUAGUCUCUCCCUCUGUGAUGCUGUAUCAUAAGGAUAGCUGGUGUUGUCAUGUAUUUCCGGUGUGGUUCACUUUGAGCACUCUGCUGAGGUGGCAUCUGCUAGGAUUUACUACUGUAAGCUUACCCUGCUUUCCUUUGUAAUUACUGAGUAUGACUAUGCAAAUGUCCUGUUUCUGCUUAGAGUUUGCCUCUCCUAUCACCUGGCAGAUCUUGCUUGUGGCUUACUACUGUGGUGUUUAAAUGGUGGUUUUUCUAUUUCUUUCAUUUCUAUAUUUAAUAACUGGAAUUCUUCUGGAAGGAAGAACUGGAUUCUGGAUUUAUAUUUUUAAUUAUAUCAAGAUAUUCAGGAUAGGUACGAACUCAGAACUUAAAGAUAUAAACUAUGUUAAUUGAUUGCAAAUGGCCAGUAUCAAAGAAAAAAGCAAUGUUGGUGACCUGUCUUUGAAAAUAUAAUGAAUUUAAGAAUGAAAAUAGUAUUUAUGAUUUGUAAAAUUCGUUUGACUUUUGACUUAAAAUUGAUUUGAAAUGAAACACUUUUCUUUUGAAAUUUUACAUCUAGACUUUUUUAAGAUAUCUAAAUUUAUAUUACUUUGGGGAUCACUUUUGUCAAUUCUUCAAUAAAGUUACCUACACCUGGCAUGAUAAAUACAGCUGUUUCCUCUCCAGGACCUUUGUUCAGGUAAACAUCCCACUAUAAACAACCGGCCCCGGUGCGGUGUCUGGUGCCUGGUUCUGUUCGUCUCUACCCAUCAGUGUGUGCUUGUUUUAAAUGCCUUUAAAGAAUGAGGUUUGUGCAAACAAAAACAACCACCAAUAAAAGGAAUGGGGUUUGAAAACAGCAUUUGACAUAAAUAAUAACCUUUUUGUUGUUGUUGUUGUUUGUUUCUCAAGAUAGGGUUUCUCUGUGGCUUUGGAGGCCGACCUGGAACUAGCCCUUGUAGACCACGGUAGUCUUGAACUCACAGAGAUCCACCUGCCUCUGCCUCCCGAGUUCUGGGAUUAAAGGCGUGUGCCACCUACCUUGUCAUAAAUAAAAACCUUUUAAGUUAAUCAGAUUUUUUUUUUAGGUUGAAAGGUAUAGAUUAAGUUGUCCAUUAAGAAAAGCCUUGAGAGAGUAGAUAGUAGAUAGAGCUUUUUUUCUUUUUUCAUCUUGGAAUAUUUUUAUCUCUUUUUAAAAGUUGUGAGUUUUGUGCUGAAUCCCCAGGGUCCACAUGGGGGAGACUUGACUCACUGGUUUCCUUCUGAGUUCCAUGUUCAUUACUAUAGCAUGCCCCCUCCCUUAAAAAUAAGUCUGUUAAAAAAAUUAAGUUCUGAGUCAAAUUCAUGAAAAACAGCAUUCUCCUGGUUCCACUCUAUUUUUCUUGUUCUCCAAAGGCAACCACUUAAAAUUUUAUUAGAUUUAUCAUCUUAUGUGUUUGAGUGCUUUGUCUACAUGUAUGUGUGUUCCAUGUGUGUCUGUUGCCCUUGGAGACCAGAAGCGGUCAUAGUUGGGAGCCGCCAUGUGAGUGCUGGGUAAUUGAACCCUCGGAUUUUGUUGUUUUGUUUUUUGAGACGGUCUCUGUGUAAUCCUGGCUGUCCUGGAACUCACUCUGAGAGAUGUGCCUGCUAAAUACUGUGUUUAAAGUCAUGCACACCACAGCACAUCGAAUUGAUGAUUUUUAAAAUAACACACAAUCAUGUUUUUCUUUUCUCUUAAUCUGUUGUUUUGUGAGAGUCACCAUGUAGUACAGAUUGGCUUUGAACUUGUUCUGUAGCCCAGGGUAGAUUUGGACCGUGCUCUUCCUGCCUCAGCCUUCCUGUUUUUCCUUCAGGGGAUGACAACAGAGACAGUUCUUUUUCUGUUCCUUCCAUGUCUCGUCUGUUUCUCCCCUUCUGGAUAUUUGCACAGUCACUUCUCUGUGAAUACGAACCAGAGCUCUGUCCCACAGGGAGUGGUGGUUUCUUGAGCUACUUUUCCCCGUAACUACUCUUCUGUCUUACUUGGGUACUUCUGUCCUCGGUCUAAUUUGACCUCAGUCCUUUCUCUAGAUCGGUUCAGCAUUUCAUUAGUCUUAGACUCCUGAGGAAGUCGGCUGGAGCCUUCCAUACACAUAAGGAGAAUUCCCUUUGCCUGUUGUUUUCCUUUAAACUUUCUUAGCUUAUAUAGAUCUUUUUUGUUUGGUUGGUUUUUUUUUUUUUUUUUUUUUUGGAGGCUGUCCUGGAACUGGCUCUGUAGACCAGGAUGGCCUCGAACUCACAGAGAUCCGCCUGCCUCUGCCUCCCUAGUGCUGGGAUUAAAGGCGUGCUGCACCGCCAAUGCCCGGCAGCCUACAUAGACUUACAUAAUUUAAAAUGUCAGUUCUGUCACAUAGACUGAGUUUAUUAGGUGAAUACAAAUAGUAGGAAAUGGUUACUUUAAGAACUGUGGCCCGGCAGUGGUGGUGUACACCUUUAAUCCCAGCAUUCUGACUCCCAAGGGUUUUUGAUUGCAACAGUGGCACAGGCUGUCAGCAGCCCCUUUCCCAGGUCUGUGGCAAUGCAUUAUCAGGAAGAUAUUUCUUAAAUUUUAAGGCUGGAACUUUUGCUCACAGCCAGAUUUCAUAAACCUCGGGUUCACUUAAGACUGCUAUCUACUGUGUACUCAACCUGUUUGCUUAAUCUUCCUUUAAGAGAAUUAUCCAACAACCAACCUUACUUGCUUUGGGUUUCUCAUGUAAUCAGCUUUUACAAUAUAAACAAAUGCAUAGCUUUUGUAUUUUAACUUAUGUACUCUUUCUUGCCCCUGGCCCAUGCAGUAGUGCAUUUGUGAUCAUAUGUGUGUUGUGAUCAUCAUUUGCUGAAAAUAGCAAAUUGGUUGAACGUAGUUUUAUAAAAUGAACAUCUACCAUAA